AUGCUGCAUAAUACAACCGGGUUCGGUUGGGAUACUGCAACUGGGAAGAUCACGAGCGGUGAAGAAGUUUGGAGCUGGUGGAUUACGGGGCGUCCACAGGACAAGGACAUGAAGAGGCAGGUGUGUGUGCACUACCGUGAGCUGACCACAAUUUUCAACGGGACUAUUGCAACUGGUAGCGAUGCAAGGGCGUCUACAAGAACACCGGAAGGAACAUGCAGGCGUCAUAGAACCAACACGGCAGUGACGCCCAACUACUUAUUUCCCAAGGAGUUAAGUGAUGAGCUAAUAAAUACCCCAGACAGUGACAGGUGCACUCGUCGCUGUAAAGGGACCACUUCCACAUUCGGCAAUGCCAUGAAUUCUAUUACUGAAGCAAGCCACAUAAUCCAGCAAAACGCGCGUCUAGAAGCUGAUCAAAAGAGCCUCCAAUAUGCUUUAAGGGAGCUGGAGUCCUUGGCUGAUGUUCCUAUGCCGGUUCGAAAGGUAGUUUGGAGGAAGUUUCGUGACCCUUGGAGCCUGUACACAUUUCUUGGACUGGAAAUGGAAGAAACCGACGUGCACUUCUAG